GUAGCACGGUGCUAAUCGUAGCACACUCAACCCGAACCGAGCUGCUCCACUCACUUUCCAUCUGCGGCAAUGUUGACGAGAUGCGCCGACUUGUAGCAUUCGGACGAGCAAAAGUGUUUGGCUCGUGAAGCCGAUAUUUCCUCUGUUAUGGUGCCGGAGGAUGGAAACGGACGACGUGUCGUUGAGGGAGCAACUUUUCCACAACCGUGUCCGGGAGACCAUCAUCUGCGUGCUGCUGUUUUCGUGCCUCUACAUGGUGUCCUACCUCAUCCUGGCACGCUUCAAGAAGACUGCCGAGUUUGUCACAGAUGAUAUUGAGGAUGCCACGGUCAACAAAAUUGCGCUGUGGCUGUGCACGUUCACGCUGUCGGUGGCCGCCUGCGCCGUGCUGCUCCUGCCCAUCUCCAUUGUGUCCAACGAGGUGCUGCUCGCCUUCCCGCACAGCUACUACGUGCGAUGGCUCAACGGCUCGCUCAUCCACGGGUUGUGGAACCUGGUUUUCCUUUUCUCCAACUUGUCCCUGGUCUUCCUCAUGCCAUUCGCGUACUUCUUCACCGAGUCUGAAGGCUUCGUAGGCUCCAAGAAGGGCGUUAUGGCGAGAGUAUACGAGGCGGUGGUUCUGCUGCUGCUCCUGGCCCUGCUGGUGUUGGGCAUGGUGUGGGUGGCCUCGGCACUUCUCCACCACAACGUGGCCAGGAAGAGCCUCUACGACAUGUGGGAGUACUACCUUCCCUACUUGUACUCGGGCAUCUCCCUCUUCGGAGUGCUGCUGCUGCUGCUGUGCACGCCUUUCGGCUUGUCUCGGAUGUUCAGCGUCACCGGCAGCCUGCUGGUCAAACCUCGGCUCCUCGAAGAUGUGGACGAGGCCCUCAGCUGCACCACGUUGGAGGAGGACUCGCUCUCCCGGAAAUUAAAGCGUGGCCGAUCUGAGUCCUGCUGGGUCAAGCUGAACGUCGAGGCUAUGAAGAAAGAGCAGCAAGCGCUCCGAACAAAGCGCACGGCCUUGGAGACGCGAAGGAAAGCUUCGGUCUGGCAGAGAAACUUGGGCUACCCGCUGGCCAUGCUUCUGCUCCUCGCCCUCACCGUGUUGUGUGUACUGAUGGUGUGUUUCAACGUGCUGGAAUUGCUCCUGGAUGAGACGGCGAUGCCCAGAGGGAUGGAAGACCCCCACCUUGGGAUGGCCUCCUUCUCCAUGUUUGGCUCAUUGGGUGCAGCGGUUCAAGUGGUCCUCAUUCUCUACCUGAUGGUGUCGUCCGUUGUUGGCUUCUACAGUUCUCCUCUCUUCACUGGCUUGGUGCCUCGUGCAAGGAACACAAACCUCACACAGAUGAUUGCCAACUGUGUUUCUCUUCUCAUCCUGAGCUCGGCACUUCCACUCUUUUCACGUACACUCGGGAUCACGCGCUUCGAUCUGCUGGGAGAUUUCGGCCGCUACAACUGGCUUGGGAAUUUCUACGCCGUGUUUCUCUACAACAUGCUGUUUGCCGGCCUCACCUCCGCCUCCCUGAUCAAGACGGUCACCUGGGCGGUGCAGAGGGAACUCAUCCGGGCGUUUGGUCUCCACCGACUACCCUUAACCGUCUCACGCUCGACCGUACCCUUCAGACUCCUCCUGGCCAGCGGAUUGUCCAAAAUCCAGUGACUGAGACCUUGUCGUCGCUUUUUAUUUUUUAAAGGCUUGAGCCAAAUACACAUCUUGUCGUCAUUGGCGACGUGGCCUGCACUGAGUAAAGAAGGAUGAGACCGCCUGACCGUGUGCGGCGGGUGCUCCGCUCAGAUGUUGCAGUAGAUGAACAAAACCUCAAGGCUCGUUCCUUGUUGGGCUUGGAGAUGGCCCCAACAGGUGCAACCUGAGAUGCGGUUCUGAGGACCAAAGCCAUAUUACAUAGGUGAUGGCGACUUGUGAAAAGUGCAAGUCAGCAAAGCUAUUUUCAAGUGAGGUCGUUUCCUCUUCCGGCUCUGGGUUGAGUGAGCGCUCACGCUGGUUUUCUUUGUGACUCGCCCGCACUUUCUUCUCUCUCAAAGGGCGCACCACGCUUUUAAGAGUUGGAAUCUGAUUUCCAUCUGGUGCGGCCUGGACCGCUGCACGCUCGGUCGCUCGGCAAAGCAGCACAGACAAAAUGGCACCAUAAGGUUUCCAGUUCCUUUGGAGAAAGUUUUUUUUUUUUUUUCUUCCUUUUGUAGAUGAGCAAGUUUACAAAGUCAAACAGUGUGACUUACAAAGAUGCUCAAAACAAAAGCUUUGUCUUAUGCAUUGAUGGCCCUUGGGGGCGACGUGUGACGUGGACCAACCAUACUGUGAAUGAUGACCAUGAUGCCAUUUUAUGGGCAAGUGCAAUACGUAACAUUUAAGAGUGAUUUUUUUUUUUUUUUUUUUUUUUUUAAUGUGCUCGUCUCAGCUGCCUCUUGUUUAGUCGCUUUCAAUUUUGCGGUAACUUGCGUUACGUCUUGAUAGGCCGAGAGGGCCAAACUGGUCAGUUUGCCUUCCUCUGCUCUGUCGACGUCGCUGUGACCAGCAGGGGGCAGUCUAUCUCAAAUUUAUCAAUCUGUGUUUUCUGUGCGGUCUUUACUGGCCUUUUUAUAUUAAAAAAAACAAAAACAUUUGACCACCACAUUGUAUGAUCACUCUGAGGAUUGUCCUCUCACUUUUUGUCUUUUUGAAUCAGCUGGAACAUAAUAUUUACUUAUUUCACAUGCGAGGAGCUUUACAUCACGGGUUUUUACGCAUGUUAAAUUGUCGAACGUAAUACCGAAUCUUUAGAGUACGUCUCAAAGAUUGCCAAAUAGUUCUCAUUGUUUACUUUAAAACACUGUUGUCAUUUUAACAGGAAAAUUAAUAAAAAAUGUAUUU